UGGAGUGUAUAUUUCCAGUCAGGCACUUGAUGUGGCCAGCUAAACUAAUUUAUCCACACAAGCUGGUGAUGCAAAUUUGCCAUUUUUCUCGCUGAGCUCUUCAUUUAUCAGUGAUAAGGUGGGUGAUAAGACCACCUCGUCAUAGGCCGACAGACAAGAUGAACCCGGACGCCAUUUUAGCAAAGCUGAAGAAGGAUCUCCGCUCUUUACUCAUUUCCUCUAAAGUGGAUUUGGACCCUGAGCUACUUAGACGAGACUACAAAGCAAUGGUUGGCCAUCCUCUGCCUCUGAAACUCCUGGGCUUUCGAAAUAUCAUGGAUAUGUUAAAGGAGAUACCGGAUGUGGUGUCACUUUAUGUCAGAGAAGAUGGGAAAACAUUAAUGAAGGCUGUUAGCCAUGAGUCCACGCGGCACAUGGAGGAGCUGGUAGCUAAACAGCGUACAUCCGGUACAGACAAAACAAGAAAAGAUCGACAGUUCUCUUCCUAUCGUGACUGUCAGCAGUCAAUUCCCAUGAUUCAUCCAAGACGAGGUGGCGCUCCACUGGCCCUUCCUCCCCAGCUGAGGGCACAGCUGCGCCUCCUCCUCUCACGGGGUCCUCUUAGGUUGUCAGAACUAGAGACCAGCUUUCUGCGAUGCUUUGGACAUGCUCUGCGUGUUCAUGAUUUGGGAUUUUACUCUGCUGGAGAGAUGCUGGAAGCUGCCGAAGACCUCGUUUUGAUCCAGCAGAGCAGAUUUGGCUCCAUGCUGACUCUGAGAGAGCAAAUGCUACCCAAGACAUUUAACACUCAACAGAACCUUCGAGCACUGAAGACCACAACCAAAGCGAAAUCCGAAGACACUGAGUGUUCGGUCCACAAGGGGCCCACAAAUGCUAGUUGUAAUCUGCAAAUGAUUGAGAAGAACCAGGAACCAGAACCUCGGCUCAACCAGAAACAGCAUUUCUUAAAGCUGCAAGAGGAGCUUUGCCAGCACAUUGCUGAGAAUGGAGUGGCUGGCACCAUUAGUCACAAGUUGAAAGACAAACUGCAAAAGGUUGUUAGUCAAAGUAGCUGUGGAAUAUCAGUCCACCAUCUCCCUGAGGAAUACAAGAGGCUUUUGGGUGAGGACUUGCCACUGAAAGAGAACGGCUUUGUCAGUGUCACUGAGCUGGUUGAUGCCAUGGACGACAUCUUCAGCCUGCAACAUGUAGAUGGGGAUGGGAAACACGACUGGAUCAUUAAGAACAUACACUCUGACGAUAAUCCUGGUGUAAAGCAACCCCAGACAAGCUGCCACUCCCAAGAGUCUCUUUGGGACUGCAAAGUGGGAUCAUCGAACGAAGAUGAAGAACGAUUGUCAAGGGACUAUUGUGUGAAUCAAGAAAUGAUAUCAUCUGCAGAGCUGUAUCCUGCCAUCAAGGUGUAUUGCGGCACCGUUGUGCCCCUUGAUGCCUUGCAGAGUCAACAUCUUAAACGGCCGACGCUGCAUUCUGCUUUUGAUUUGGUUCAAGUUAAGGUGGAAGAAGUGGAGUCUCCAAGACUCUUCUACAGCUGCUUCAUCGGUAGUGAGGAGGCCCGAAGUUUUGAAUACAUGAAAGCAGAGAUGAUUCAAUGUUACUCUUCACCUGAUGUAUCGGAGCGCUACCGCCUCCCCAAGGGAUUUGUACGACGAGGGCAAGUCUGCUGUGCAUCAUCCGAGGACAUGCAGUUCACCCGGGGAGUGAUUCACAAGGUCAUCGGGCCCACCAGUGUUGAUGUGUACCAUGUCGACUUUGGCACGGUGACCACUGUGCACACUGAUGACCUGAUGUUCCUCAAGUCAUGCUUCUCCAUUCUUCCAGCACAAGCUGUCCCAUCAUCACUUGCUGGAAUUAAACCAAUCACUGGUGGCUGGACCUCCGAGGCCAUUGCUUCAUUUGUCAGUCUUUGCUGUAAUCGUCUCCUAGUGGCUGCUCUGGUUUGCUACACUGGAGAUGUGCUCCAUCUCUACCUUUGUGAUACGAACACUGAUGAAGAUAUCUAUAUCCAUUCUGUCCUCCUCAGCCAGGGUCAUGGGGAGAGCUGCAGCCCUUCAGCCAGUACAGCAAUGUGUUUCCAGGUCAGCCCUGUAAGCCUUUACCUGGGGGAGGGCACGUUCAACUUGCCAGAUGUUGAAGGGGAGACCACUGAGUCAGCAGACACAUUUGAGCAAUCGGUUCGACUCGCACUGAAGUUUGAAAGUGAGGAGAUGCCCGCCUUGGAAUUCAUUGGGGACAGUGAGAUCAGCACCCAUAUUCAGAACCCUUCACCUACACUUCAAGAAGAGCAACAGGAGUUUGAUUGCACAGAGUCAUCAGCAGUUAAUCCGCUCCCUAUCCUGUGGUCACCUGAGAAAAUCCAGGAUAGCUUCUUAAACAGAGCAUAUCUAAAGCAAGCAACAGGUUUGGGCUGGAACGUAGGAGUGGAAGGUCGUGAACAGAUGAAGAGCAGAGAGGAGCGUUUUGCAAUGUGACAACAUAAUUCUGAUUUACAGUCCAAUGAGGUCCAAUGCUGCAUUCAAUGUUCUGUUUGGAUUUUGCAGUCAUGCAGCUAUUGUGUUGAAUUUUUUUGUUAAAUUCUCCAUCUACAUUAGAUAUAAAAAUUCAAACAUUACCUUAAAAAAAAAGCCAAUGUUAACAACUGCUGAAUGAAACAUUACCUGUGUAUCUCUGCAGCAACCAAAGUUAUA